UAGAAAUCGGCGGUUACGUAUAGUGGUCAAAUAAUGUAGAACCCCUAUCAAAGUUUAUUGAAAUAUUGCAGCACAGAUGUCAUUUGGUGAACGUUCCAUUAUCUUUUCACUGUAAUGUUAGUUGCCAGCUAGCCUAUACAUUAAGGGUGUUUCUACCUAGCAAAGAUCAUAUUUCUAGAAGUUAACCCCCUAGCACAGAUCAUGUUUCUAGAAGUUAACCAGUGUGUACAAAUUAUGUUCUAAAGAACAGAUUUUACAUCAUGUUGAAUAACAGAAAAAUCUGCAAUUGUCUCAUGUUGUGCUGGUCUUACAGAUAAGCUUAGUACUUUCCUUGUCCUGAAAAGCUGAUUAUAGCCCAGGGGGAAAAAAUCAUGUUUUAUUUUUUGUAUUGUAAAAAUCCCCAGUAAUAACAUUGUUAUUAGUAUUAACUGAUUGAAAGCAGCUCACAUUAAAAUUAAAUUAAACAUUGAAUAAUAAUUGCAAACUAGGGGAUAUAAAAACAAAUGCAUAAAUCAAGUUAGAUUGUUUGCAUGGUGUAACUCUACAUACCUCUGCUAUAACUGCAGUAAGGGCAAUGGUGGCUUUGUCCACAUUGUGCCUCCUGCAGCUUUUACUUAUGCUCCUGGUUUUUUCAGAAGUUUCUUGUAUCUGAGUUGUAUAACACAAAAAAAACCCAUUCAUGAUAAUUUGUUAUUCAUUGGUUUCAUUGGGUUUCCCUGAUGAAUUCACACUACAUGUAUUCUUCAUACCCUAGUAAGUAAUUCUCGAUUGCCAUGUUCCAGCUUAUAAUGUCACAUUUUUUGUUAUUAUGCAAUGUACAGUCUUGAACUGGAGCCAAUUGAGUGGAUGGCUUAGAAAGCGCUGCUGACUAUACCCUCUAAUUUCCCCUGUGAAUUUGCGCUUUUUAUGGAUUCUUUAUACCCUAGUAUGUAAUUCUUGAAUGCCAUGUUCCACCUUACAACGUAAUUUUUUUUGUAAAUAAACUACCUCGCUAAUGUGUGAACAUAAGGAUGGUGAUUAGUCGUGAGCCUGCUGGAGGGAGCCAUAGUCCAGAUUUAUACAAUUCUUUCAUUUCCCCUCUGGAUACUUACCUCCUCAUAAUAAUAAACUCUGGCCAUACGUAACUAGUUAAAUAAACCCAGAGGAAAUGGGAUUUUACGUUAUAUUUGCGCUUCAUUUGACGACAGGGUUUAUACACAGGGUGUAGUUUUAAUUAAUGGAUUAGGUAUCGUAGUAGUGGUGUCAGUUAAGCAAAUUAUAUGUGGGUUUCUUGUGGGUAGAUAUUGCUCAGAUACAUUAUUCUCUGAUCUAGACUCCAGCACAGAGGAUGGCGGUAAUGCACUAUUACGUGCCAACCGCCGAAUAAACAUCAUAGGCGAAGAAAAAGAGUUAGUAGCCUACCCAUGUAGCCUACCGUUACAACAAAGCCACGUGAUUGAAAUACGGAAGUACUGCAACACAAAUCGAUUUUUUGAGAUGAGACCAACUGCAGUUUUACUGUGUCCAUUUCUCUUUUUCAGUUUUCUGGAGAUUGCACACUGCCAUGUUGCCAAUAGAAACCAACUAUGGCCAGUUCCUUACAGGCGAUUUAAUCAUCGUCCUGUUGCGGACUCCUAUUGUGAAGCCAAGUUCCCCUUCUGCCCCGCCGGCGACAGGGAUGGUAUGAUCCCCUACAUGAAUAAUUGGGAUGUCCUCUCAGUUUUUCGACUACAAGCUCCAGUUUGGGAGUUUAAAUAUGGAUCCCUCCUGGGUAAAAUGCAUGUCAUGCAUGAUGCCAUUGGGUUCAGCAGUGCUGAGACAGGGAAGAACUACACGAUGGAGUGGUAUGAGCUCUUCCAGCUGGGCAACUGCACCUUUCCUCACCUGAGGGCUGAGAAUAGCGCACCCUUCUGGUGCAACCAGGGUGCUGCAUGCUUCUUUGAGGGGAUUGAUGACAUUCACUGGUCUCAGAAUGGCACUUUGGAGAAAAUAGGACAGAUCUCAGGUGGCCAGUUCAAUGAAAUGGCCAAGUGGGUCCAGGACGACAACCAGACUGGGAUUUAUUAUGAGACGUGGACAGUCCGCUCAGACCCCAGCCCAAACUCCACUUUGUGGUUUGAUUCCUACGAUUGCUCCCAGUUUGUCCAUCGUACCUAUAGGUAUCUGACUCAACAAGGAGCAAGACUUUCCAGCCGAUCCCAGACCAAGUACACUAAGAUCUACCUAUACAGCGGGGAGCCUACUUACUUGGGGGAUGAUGAUUCAAUUUUCAGGGAGCCUUCUGCAAAGCCCCUUGCUGAAGAAAUACGCAAGUUCUAUCACCCUUUCCGGCCACACCAGUCGUACAUUGACUUAGUCCUUAGCCUCGUAGAGGCUUAUCACAAGGUGGUGGAAGAGAAGAGCUUCUACUUGUACUAUAACUUUCAGUAUUGGCACUUGCCUAUGAAGUAUCCCUAUGUGCAGAUCAUGUAUGAAGAAGUACCUUUGCCUUAAAUAUUUUUUGUUGUUGUUUUCAGCCAAUUGGCAGCACAGACACUUUGAUUGAACCUUUUGAAGAUUGAAUGUUUCGUGUUGUCAUGCUCCUUGGGGUUUAAGGCCAGGUGUUUUAUAAAAGCACUUUGUGACAUCUGCUGAUGUAAAAAGGGCUUUAUAAAUAAUUUUGAUUGAUAGUCAGAGAUGAACAGAGUAAACUGCCGUAUCAAUCUUGCACAACAGUGUGAAUUGUGAGAAAAGAUACAUGCUGUUUUGAUUCUGCGGCUAUCAGAUUUCAGUAUUGGGAAGUUUAUAUUGCAAUUAACUGAUGUGCAAUACAGAGUUGUGCUCAUACAGUGGGGAGAACAAGUAUUUGAUACACUACUAAUUUUGCAGGUUUUCCCACUUACAAAGUGUGU